UGAGGGCUCUUCGCGACAGUGGCGGCGGCCGUUCGGUUUGCGGCAGUGUGGCGUCGCCAUGGCAGGAGGCAGGAUCUUCAUCCAGUGCGACUGGCCUCGAGCCUUGCGGGAGAAUGAGAGGGAAGCGUGGGUUUCCUGUAAAAGACCCGGAGCAACUACUUUAUAUGGCUGUAUAAAGUGUCAAGGAGUUGGUAAAGAUGGGGUCCCAGUGGUAACAGCUUCAGAAGGGUUUGAAGUGGCAGAGAUUACAAAGAAGAGUAUUCUAAUCUCCUGUCCUGAUGGGAAUGCAGCCUCAAAGUUUCUUAUGCCUUAUACAUCCUUUUCUAGAAUACACACUAAAAGUAUAACCAGUAUGGAUAUUUCUAGUGGUGGAGGGCUGGGUGUAUCUUGCAGUACAGAUGGGACAAUGCGAAUCUGGCAAGCCAAUAAUGGAGAUCUGAGGAGAGAUCUGGUUGGCCACGUGUACGACGUGAAUUGUUGUAGGUUCUUUCCCUCUGGGAUUGUGGUUCUAAGUGGAGGAAUGGAUGCUCAGUUAAAGAUCUGGUCUGUUGAAGAUGGAAAUUGUUCUGUAACUUUGAAUGGACACAAAGGAGGUAUUCUUGAUACAGCAAUCAUAGAACGUGGACGAAAUAUCAUCUCAAGCUCCAGGGAUGGAACAGCAAGAUUGUGGGAUUGUGGGAAGUCCACUUGCCUUGCAGUGUUGGCAGAUUGUGGGUCUCCCAUUAAUGGCUGUUCACUUGGUGUUGCUGAAAACACAGUGAAUUUGGGUUCUCCUGAACAGUCACCAAGUGAGCGUGAAAUAGGGACAGAGGGAAAAUUGUUACUUUUAGCCCGUGAAGACAGAAAACUGCAGAGCAUCGGACUUCUCAGUAGGCAACCAAUAUUUAUGUUUGAGGGAUCCGAUGCUUUCAACUGUUGUACAUUCCUUUCAAGUACAUAUAUCCUUGCAGGAACACAGGAUGGUAACAUUUAUCAGCUGGAUGUUCGCAACACAAAAACCCCUCUACAGUUGAUCCAUCGUUCAGGAUCCCCAGUGCUUUCUUUGUUGCCCUGUAAAGAAGGCUUUAUAGCCAGCCAUGGUGAUGGAAGUUGUUACAUCAUUCAACAGGAUCAGGAUUAUGUAAUAGAAUUUUCUGGGCCUGACUGUGACCCCAUUUACAAGGUAGUUCUGUGGGAGAAGUUUGCCUACACUUGCUCCAGAGAUAGCAUUGUGAGGAAGUACCAACUGCUGAAUUUCUGAACUCUAUUAUAUUGUUCAUAAGGAGGGCACUUCAGAUAAAGAACUUGAAGCUUAACCUGUUAAAUACCAUUGUUAAAAGUGCAAAACAAUAACAUUUAAGCCUUGUGACUGCAGACCAACAUGCAGGUCCUGGGAAUUGCUAUCCGGUAUGUAUUAGACUCAUUAGCAUGUACAAGGGGAUGAAUUCCACAAAAGUUGUUAAAUUAAGUACUGCUUUGUAAUAAUUGCAUUAUGUCGGUCAUUAUGAAUAUUUUUAUAAACAUGAUGGUUUUAAAAAAGUACCAUUUUGGAACUACUCAGAUCAGGCUGCAUCGAUGUAGAAAGAAAUAAAGUUAAUGCUUCAAGUGAAUGACCAUUCAAUAUAACUGAGAAAAGUUAGAUAUGUCAAUGCAUUUUAAACAAGAUGUGGGUGAGACAACAUGAAAACAAUGUCUGUGAAGGCAGAGGACAAGCAAGAUUGAAUGAUGAGUUUGGUCCUACAAGCAACAAUAGCAAAUGUGCUAUUUCUGAAUAUGAAAAUAAGAGAAAAGCCAAAACAUGUAAAGAAGAGUGAACUAAAUCGGAGAACACAGUUUAUGGUCUGAAAUUAUAGAACUCAUUAUCAAGUUCAGAAGGCUACACAGUGCCUCGUUGAAAGAUGAAAUGCUGUUCCUGAAGCUUCCAUUGAGCUUCUCUGGAACAGUGCAGUAGUCAGUGUAAGAGCAAGGUGGAGAAUUAAAAUGACUGGUUACAUGAAGCCCAGUGUUUUGCUUGUGGGCUGGCCAUAGGUGUUCCACAAACUAAUCAUCCACUCUGUUUGAUCUUCCCAGUUUAGAGAAGAUCACUCUGAGCAGCGAAUGUAGUAGACUAAAUUGAUACAACAUUAUCAAAUGCAAUCAUUACUUCACCUGGGAGGAGUAUUUGGUCUUUUGGUGAGAAGAGAAGUAAAAAUGUUGUGACUUCUCUGUUAUUACAUGGAGCAGUGCGAUGGGAAGGGGCUGGAUGGUUUGAAGAGUGAAUAACAGCACUACAGAGAGAGCAGCCCUUUGUUUCCCAAGCUGUUUUAUUCCAUUUUUGUUGUAUGUUUUGCUUUUACUUUUAUUUUUGCUUUCAGACCUACUCUAGGCCCACCUCUUGUUUAGAUGAAAGUGGGUACUGCAGAUGCUGGCAAUUAGAGUGGUGCUGGAGAAGCACAGCAGCUCAAGUAGCAUCCGAGGAGCAGGAAAAUCGAUGUUUCGGGCAAAAGCUCACCUAUUGUUUACUUUCUACCUCAAUUUUCCAUUUAACCCUGUAACCCCAUUAACUCUUCUGUCAUUUCUGCUUCUCCAACCUUCUACUGCAUCACGGACAUUUUUCUCUUUGUCCUAGCCACACCUUGCUCAAAAUAUAUUAAAUGUCUAACUCUCCCAGUUCUGAUUGAAUGUCAUUGACCUGAAAUAUUAGAACGUAAGAAUUAGGAGCAGGAGUAGGCCGUCCGGCCCUUCGAGCCUGCUCCACCAUUCGAUAAGAUCACGGCUAACCUUUUCGUGGACUCAGCUCCACUUAAUUGUGUUCACUAUGUUUCACUCUCCAUAGAUCCAGCUUACCCUACUGAGCAUUCCUAGUAUUUUGUGUUUUUAUUUCAGAUUUCUAGAGAUCAUACUAUUCUGCUCUUUGGUGGUAAAAAUUACAGUGUGUUCUCCAUUCUUUUAAAUUGUGUGUGGCAAUAAUAGAGCUUAGUCCACAGAAUUGAGCAAUCAUUACUGAGAAAAUAAAAGUUGUUCUGCA